UAUCCAUAUCUUCUUCUCUAUGUAUCCAAAGUCUCGAUGAGCUAGCUUUGAACUUCAUAUCACUCCUUCAAAUGCAAUAACAUAUUCAUGGCGUUUCGAACGUGGUUAUUGGUUUUCUUCCUAGGAGUUGAACUGAGCGCUUUUGUUUUACAAUGUGUGGACUCCAAGUAUAUCAAGUACAAUACGACGUCGACUAUUGUUCCGGGGAAGCUCAAUGUUCACUUAGUACCUCACUCCCACGAUGAUGUCGGAUGGUUGAAGACCAUUGAUCAAUAUUACGUUGGCUCCAACAAUACCAUUCAAGGAGCGUGUGUUCAAGAUGUUCUAGAUUCUAUAGUUCCGGCUUUGUUGGCUGACAAGAAUCGCAAGUUCAUCUUUGCUGAACAGGCAAUCAAUGCAUUACUUAGUUUAAUGCUUCUUUUAAUUGGUUUCUCAUACAACAAAAAUUGA